AUGCCGGAUCUUCUAACUGACGAACUAGGGCAGACGUUUCAGAUAACUGAAGAGGACAAGAUGUGCAGGACCAAGGGACAUCAAUGUAUUAUUGCAAACAUUGGAGUUGUUAGGUCGAUAGCAGCUUUUCUCUCAACUUCUUUGGGGCCGACUGGAAUGGAUAAGAUACUGCAGAGCAAGGACGACGAUAUAGUUGUGACCAAUGAUGGAGCAACCAUACUUAAAGAGAUGGAGAUGACAGAGAAUCCGAUAUCAAGGCUUAUAGUGCAGUUAAGUGAAUCUCAGGAUGAGGAGAUAGGAGAUGGGACCACAGGGGUAGUUGUACUUGCUUCUGCUCUCCUUGGACAGGCCCAGAUACUACUUGGACAAGGGAUACAUCCGGUUAAGAUAUCUGAGGGUUUUGAGCUAGCUCUAGAGUGUGCUGUUAAGCAUCUAAAUGAGAUUUCCGAAGAGAUAUGCGAUCUAAGAGAGACGAUGAUGAAAGCAGCAAAGACAAGCCUAGGGAGUAAGAUAGUGAGCAAGUCUCUUGAGAAGUUUGCAGAGAUAUGUACAUCUGCAGUUUUGAUGGUUGCGGAUACAGAGAGAAAGGACCUUGACUUUGAGUUAAUCAACAUUGAAGGUAAGGUUGGACGGGAUAUAUCUGACACCACGCUUGUGAAGGGGGUUGUUCUUAACAAGGAGAUCAGCCAUCCUCAGAUGAAGAAGAAGAUUGAGGACGGACGGAUAGCACUUCUCAGCUGUCCCUUUGAACCUCCGAAGCUGAAGACCAAGCAUAGUCUUAUUAUUGGGAAUGCUAAGGAGUACAAGGAGCUAGAGGAAUAUGAAAGAAGGAAGUUUACAGAGAUGAUAGAAAGUGUCAGGAAAAGCGGAGCCAACAUUGUUAUGUGCCAAUGGGGGUUUGAUGACGAAGCAAACUCUCUUCUUAUGGAGAAUGAUCUUCCAGCGGUGAGGUGGGUUGGAGGACACGAGCUUGAGCUUCUGGCUGUCCAUACAGGAGGAUCGAUAAUAGCCCGAUUUGAAGAUCUCGACGAAUCUGAUCUUGGAAAGGCAAGUAUCCGUGAGGAGAGUCUUGGAACGGAAAACGACAAGAUUAUUGUAGUUGAGAACCCGGAGCGUAGCAGGGCCGUUACUAUUCUUGUUCGAGGAGCAAAUGAUCUAGUUAUUGAGGAAGCCAAAAGAUCUAUCCGAGAUGCUCUUUGUGCCGUUCGGAACAUCCUUACCAACAACAGAAUAGUUUACGGAGGAGGAUCUUCUGAGAUGUCGUGCUCUCUUUCCUUGGAAGAGGAAGCAGGGAAGUAUUCUGGAGAGGAGCAAGAAGCGAUCCUUGGGUUUGGAAGGGCUCUUGAGGAGAUUCCGCUCUGUUUGGCAAGAAACAGUGGUUACAACCCGAUUGAGUAUUCGUCGGACCUUCGGAAAUUGCAAAUGGAAAGUAAGAACUUCAGGCUUGGAGUUGAUUGCCUGGACGUUGGGGAGCAGGACAUGAAGAAGUUGGGGGUUUUUGAUGCUCUCAGCAGCAAGAUUCGGCAGUUCCAGAUGGCAACACAGCUUGUUACAAUGGUUCUCAAGAUCGACAAUGUCAUCUCUGAUUUUUAUGAUUAA